AUGGACAGGGUGUCAGUGUUCUCUAGCACUAUAGAAAGGUCGCAACUUAGACGCGGCGAUCACAUUUACGUCUGGCGCUACAUGUACUCCCAUCAUGGAAUCUACGAAAGCGACGAGAAGGUCAUCCAGUUCACCAGCGCUUUAUCGCUGUCCUCCAUAGUUGAUGGAACCUGCAGCAGGUGCAGUAACGCUAAGCGUGGAGGCGGCGUCAUGGUCUGCUGCCUUAACUGCUUCCUGGAAGGAAGAAAUGAACUUAAACUCUUCGUCUACUCGGUGUCUUGGUGGUUCUAUAGCAUGAGCAAUACUGGUGUUCUUCAAGACACCUGCUCCAUGGAAGAUGAAGACCCCCCCGAGACGGUCUUGCGCCGCGCCAACGAACUGCUCUUGCGCCCCUACUUAUUCGGCUUCGGAUUAAGCAGCUACGACGCUGUGGUCAAUAACUGCUUCGACUUUGCCUUUUACUGCAAGACAGGGCGCCGGUAUCGUUUACUAGCAGAGAUGAUUGUUGAGCCCUCCACUAUUUCUGCGCAAGAGCUGCGCAGCGCUAUUCGUCGCUGGCUCUUUUGA